AUGAGGUUCUCUGGUAACCUCAGUGGGAGUCGAGCCCGAGUAAUGCAACGUACACUUUCGACACAUCUCCAUUGCUCCAAACUGUCACGAAUGCCAGUUGGUCACGGUACAGAGGUGACUUUCAGAGCAAGCUGGGCUUCUCUCAAAUCCCGUUCUUGGCACGGCCUUCAUAUAUUGCCCUCCCGAUCCGAGACGAGCGGAGAUCGCCGGAAUUCUGGCCUGCAAACCGACAGUGACGGACUGUCCUUCCGAUUUGACAACAUGAAGAAAGGUCUCCUCGUACUCAACUCAACUCGUCACUUGGCAUCGCAAAGACUCUUCCACCGUAGCCGGAGGGUAGAAAGUUCCGUUGCCCUCGGCAACGGUCGGGCCUCGGACACAGACACUGUCUCGUCGACCGCGCGGAUAGCCACUUGGAACGUGCGCGGGUUGACACGACGCAAUAGUCUCCCGUUGCUGGCCCAUCAGGCCGCGUUGCGCGGUCUCUCGGCGAUCGGCCUGGCCGAGACGAUGUUGCCAGGCAGCGGGGCCUACGACUACGAGGAGUCGGGCCAUCUGCUCCUCUGCUCCGGGGCCGGGUCCGAGUCUGGAUCGGGAUCGGGAUCCGGAUCCGAUUGCGUAUCGAGGCACGGUUCCGUGAAACCACAGCACGCCGGCGUCGGUCUCCUCCUCGACCCCGGCUGCCGUCGUAGGCUGGUGAGCUUCCGGCCGGCCGGGCCGCGUUUGCUCAGCGCUCGGCUCGAGCUGUACCAACGCAACGAACUCGACUCGAGCCGCGACCGACCGACGUCGGAGUCCGCGAAGCCGUCGGAACCCCCGCCACCUCUGGAAUCGCUGGAACCCGAGCAACCUGUGCCCCACUUGACCAUCAUUCAAGUUUAUGCGCCGACAACACGCUACAAAGAGCGUGCCGUGGAAGCAUUCUACGGAGCCGUCGAGAGUCUGCUUGGCGCUGUGCCCAGUGACGAUUUCGUCCUCGUCAUGGGCGACUGGAACGCCAAGGUUGGCCGUCGGACGGACGAGGCCGGCCUUGAGUCGGUGCUGGGACCAUUCGGUCUCGGUCGCCAGAACAAGCGAGGCCGGCGCCUCUUGCGCUUCUGUGAGGCGUACAACUUUGUGCUCGCGAACACGUUGUUCAGCGCACAACGACACGGUCAUCGCGAAGACGACGGCAGAGGCGACCACGAGGCGACCGAGGAGAGCGGCCUGUACACUUGGACUUCACCCGACAACCAACAACGCAAUCAGAUCGACUACAUUCUGGUGCCAAAGCGGAUGCAAAAGGCCCUCACCAGUUGCCAGGCAUGUUCGCAUGGACAAAAAGAGUUGGGCUCCGACCACAGAAUGUUGGUGGCCGAGUUUGACUGGUCACUGCUCUAG